CCUUUGUCAAAAUUCGUCUUUUUCUUUUUUUCUUUUUCAAUCUUUUAGUAAAAAAAUAAUAAAAAAUAGUAAAAAAUAUACAGUAUAAUAAAAAUUAUAUAAAUUAUCUGUUAUGGUUAGCAGAACUUCCUAUCUAAGAUACUUCUUUUAAAACAAGUUUUGAUUUCCGUCCACAAUAUUCUAAUUUUACAAAAAAAGUAAUGUUUCAUGACGUAAGUUUAACUUUAAUCUUUCCCAAUCUGCUAAAAUUCAAAACUCAAAAAACCGGUUUUUUGUUUCAUGUACAUCAAAUAACAUCAUAUAAAGGUUUCGUCUUUUUGUUUCAAAUUCCGUUGGUGAAAAUUUUCUUUCCUUUUAAAUCUUUUUUUUUCAAUAUUCUAUCACUUCUAUUUGUUCCUCUACAAUCAUAUUGUUUAAUAAUAAUUAUUUCUUCUUUUUCUAAAUUAGGUAAAGAAAAGAUACGAACCUUAAAAAAAGAUCUUUUUAUUCUUGGGGUUUGUCUUAAUAUGCUUGACAGAUUACACAAAUUGUUAUGUUUAUUGUUUUCUUACCAUUUGAGUAUUACAAUACUUAAUAGGAAGUUUGAAAUGACGCAAAAUUAAUUACUCUACGUUUAAAAAAAAAACCUCCUUUAAAACUUUAAUUUUUGAUCAUAUGCAUAAUAGAUUAAAGUUUAGUAUUCUUUUUAAAAUUUGUAAUUCUUUUAUAAAUUUUACAUGUUUAUCGAAUGUUAUCGUCAUUAUUCGCGCUCUCCGUGUGCAAACAGACUUCUGCACGGCCGUUAUAU